CGACCACGACCACGACGACGACGACGACGGCGACGACGACGACGACGACGACGACGACGACGACGACGACGACGACGACGACGACUACGACGACGGCGACGACGACGACGACGACAACGACGACGACGACGACGACGACGACGACGACGACGACGACGACGACGGCGGCGGCGGCGGCGACCUAAGCGUCAGACGACGUUCUCCGUCGCGUACCCCGCAUCGUCCUGCUCGUAAUCAUAUCCGGAUUGCAUUAUUGGGGAUUUCGUAUCGUAAAUGAAAAAUCAUGUGACUUGGCCUACUCAAGGGACUGCCGAAUAACAACGCAACGACAAAAAGUCCCGAAGCAAGCCCAAUAAUUGGAAAAUGUCUGAAUUCGCGGCGGCGAGUCUUGUGGCCUUCAAUACCUUGAAGUCUAAAGCAUCGGAGAAACUUUCCGGAUUCAGAAGGAGUAAUGCCGGCUACGAGGAGUUUGAAAUGCCUCCAGAGGCAAGCAAAGACAACAGAGGAUUCGAGGACGAGCGUGGAUACAGUAGACAAGCGUCUUACGAUUCGCUUCCGGAACCAGAAAGACCACCGUUACGACAUAUCGAUACUUAUUGCAAACCGGAAUGUCCCUGUUUGUCCAAGAGAUAUACCAUCGCCGUAAUGGCUUGUGGAGGAUUCGUUAUCUCGUUUGGUAUGAGGUGUAACAUGGGAAUGGCAAAACUUGCGAUGAUGAACUCGACCGAGAAAGGCGAGCCGAUGAAGUUCAACUGGACGGUCGCUACGGAAAGUGCCAUGGAUUCGUCCUUCUUUUGGGGUUAUCUUAUAACUCAAAUCCCGGGUGGAUUUCUGGCCUCCCGUUAUCCCGCAAAUAAAAUAUUUGGUAUGGCUAUAGCGAUGUCUUCGUUCCUGAAUCUUCUCGUGCCUAUUGCUCUCACGGUCCAUCCGGUAGUCGAGAUGUUCGUUCAAGUCUUGAAAGGUUUUGUCGAGGGCGUUACAUAUCCAGCCUGUCACGGGAUCUGGAAAUUUUGGGCGCCCCCGCUGGAAAGAUCACGAUUAGCUACCUUGGCAUUUUGCGGAUCCUAUGCCGCGAUGGUGAUAGGAAUGCCGCUUUCCGGUCUCUUGAGCGACGGAUUCGGUUGGACGGCGUCCUUUUACUUUUACGGUAUCGCCGGUUUAAUUUGGUUCUGUUUGUGGCUUUGGCUGGCUUUUGAGAAACCAUCGAAGCAUCCUUCGAUUUCCGCGAAGGAGCUACGAUAUAUCGAGGAUUCGUUGGGUCAAGGACAAGUUCCAGCACCGAUACCUACGUUCGCCACAACACCAUGGAAGAAAUUUUUAACGUCGAUGCCUGUCUACGCGAUCAUCGUCGCCAACUUUUGCAGAUCCUGGAACUUUUACCUCUUGGUUCUUUUCCAAGCUCGCUUCCUGCACGAGGCCUUCGAUAUUCCUCUCGUCGAAACUGGCAUGGUCGGUUCGCUCCCCCACUUGAUGAUGACGAUCAUCGUCCCGUGCGGAGGUUUGUUGGCUGAUUAUCUUCGUAGACGCGGCAUCAUGUCGACGACGAACGUUAGAAAGCUCUUUAAUUGCGGUGGCUUCGGCAUGGAGGCAAUCUCCUUCUUGUUAGUCGCGAACGCGACCAUGCACAGGGACGCUACGACGGCGAAUUUUGCUCUCAUUUUUGGUGUCGCCUGCAGUGGCUUCGCCAUUUCCGGCUUCAACGUUAAUCAUUUGGACAUCGCACCGAAAUACGCGAGCAUCCUGAUGGGCAUGUCAAACGGUAUAGGUACGGUAGCCGGCCUUCUGGUACCGUUUUUUGUCGACUACAUCACGAAAAAUAAGGCCUCCGAAGAGUGGAGAAACGUAUUCAUCAUUGCCGCUUGCGUUCAUUUUUUCGGUGUCGUAUUUUAUGGAAUAUUUUGUUCCGGAGAGUUGCAACCCUGGGCCGAUUCCACGGUCGAGGAACAGAAGAACUGGAAUCCCAUGGACGAAUUUAGUCAGACGAAACCACCUGUACCUCCGCCCCCGGCGACGAUGCAGUCAGAAUUUAUUAAACAGCCGUCCCUCGGCGAUGGCACCACCGCCGAUGAUUGGAACAAUUAUGCUCAACCGACGACGACCGCCGAUCAUACGUACGGUCAACCACAAGAGAAGACACCCGUUAUAAAUUACGGAUCGACGGAGACAAACAGUAACAAUCCUUUCCACUCGACGAAUCCGUUCGCGACGGAUCUAAACGCGAUUUUGGUUCAGCCACCGGCCAGAGACGAUUAUACGCACGACCUUACGCAGAAUCAAUGGAAUUGAAGUUGAUUUCUUCGCGCUGAUUCUCGAAGCUGACUACGAGUAGAGAAAAAGAAAUGGGAGGACGGAGUUGAGCGAGGAAAGUAUUCCUUCCACUUUCGAAAGUUUACUUUAUUCGUUUGUUAAUCCCCACUUGAAUUUCUUCAACUUGCGUUCAGCCGUCGGCACAGACGCGUAUUCGUUUUCAAUAAACAUCGCGAUGCCUAAACGAUCGAGAGAACGAUGCUCUAUCAACGAUGGAAAAGUGGAGAUUCGGUGCGUGCGAAUCAAUUCGAAUUCUCCGAUCUAAGAAGGAAACUUUUUCCAGAAAGUCGUUCGCUAUUGCGGACGCAACAAGAGAUAAUUAAUGAAAAUAACCGUGACAAUAUCAGAAACUUUUGUUAGCUUGGAAAGAUUUUACUUGGAAGAGUUUAAUCUCGAACCAUCGCGAGAUAAGAAGCCGUUAAUGGUAAAGAAUAUUGAGAAAAGGAGAAACGAUCUCUCUUCGUUAGUUAUCGAAAAUCUAGAGGACGGGUAUGAGUACUCGUCUACCUAUGUAUAGGCAAACGCUUUGAAAUCAAAGCGAAGACAAUAAGAAUCUUUUUGCCGACAAUAAGAAUCGUUUUACGACAAUAAUCGAAUAGAGAACGUACCCAUAGGUAUGCGCUAGUGAUUACGCGAAAAAAAUGCCCAGAGGCAUUUAAUUCGGCAAAUCUUCAAGAAAAAACGAAAGGAAGAAAGUCGGAAUUUCCUACGAAUGCGGCUGAUAUCUUUGGCCACGUUAUUUAUCUAGUUUAUUCAGUUCUCUGUCUCUCCCCCUCCCUCUCUCUCUCUCUCUUUCUAUCUAUCUAUCUAUCCAUCAAUUUCUCUAAAAGCCGACGAAUCAAAGUCGUCUCGUGACCGUAGAAAUAUAGCAAUAAACUAGAGAAAGAUUUAUUUCGUCGAUACGGAUAUUAGGAGAAUUUUCCCGAAUCGAAAAACACGCGAGAAAGCUCAACGCGUGAUUUGCGAAAAUCGAAUGAAAGUAUUCACAAGGAAGUGAUAAUAUUAUUGAAAGUAUUAGCGUCGUAAAAUGAAACACGAUGAAAGUAUUAUUAAUUAAAACAGAGAAAAAAAGACGAAGAAGAUGCAAAGAAAGAAAACAAAAUGAAAUCGAUGAAAGUAAAUUGAAAGUUUUAAUCGUGAAAUUAAGAAAAAAUAUAUUACAUUAUACAUGGUUUAGAUGUAUUUCUAUUAUCUAUUGAUAUUAUAGGUAUAUGGAUAUAUAAAUGCUCCUCUUCUACUUAUACACAUAUACACGAGAUCGUAACUAUAAUACGUGUAUAUAUGCAGGGUGUUUACUAAGUACCUGUAUUGAAUCUCUGACGUAAGUUUAUCGCGUUAAUUCCUCAGAUAAAAAAGAUCCUACUUUCAAUCUUCACUUAACAAAAUUGACGUAGUCAUUCUAUCGGUACCGACGAUACUUUCUCUCUUUUUUCCUCCCUUAAAAUGAUGUCAUUUAUGUCACGUUCUGAAUUUACUGCAGUGUACUUACGUAUACAACGUAUGCACGUAUACGUAGGCAUGUCAUGAUCGUUUUUGACCACAAGUUGAGAGAAAUUAUGAGAUUAUGUGGGAAAAUGAAUGGAUCUCACCUAUUUGCAUAGUUUCGCGGAGUGAAUCGUAUUGAUUCAGAUGUGUGUCUGUAUUAAGAAAAAAAGGGAGGUGUGCGAAACCAAUUAUCGAGCAGCAUCUUUUUCGUUGCCCGAACAUCCAAAGAAUUAGUCAAUUUAUGCGAGACCUUUUUAAGAUGACAGAUACAUAUAUAGAUAUUGAUAUACGUGUAAAUCUAAUGAAAUGAAAAAUUCGUGUUACGUACGCAUAUACACAAAUACACAAACACAUAAUAGGUAUAUACACCCAUUGUUAUAAUUAUUGUUAUUAUUAUUACUGUUCGUAAUUCGUAUUUAAAGAAACGAGAGAGGAAAUGUACGCGAACGAGUUUAUAGAAGAAUACGCAUCGUUGCGUAAUAAUUAUCGUGAGUAACGACUAUAAUAAUUAUAUUAAAUCGGGGGCAAUACGUAUGGGCGAGCAAAGAUAAUAAUCGUGUUAGGAACGUUAAUUAAAGUUGACAAGAGCUUUACGAGAAACGUUGCAUACCCGGUUAUAUAGCUAUGUGUAAGCAUUUAAUAAGAUAAAUGUCGUCUGAUUUCUACACUUUGAUUAUGACUCUUUUUCAGCGCGUAUCUACUUGCAAAUGUUACGUCUAUAUCCAUCGUAGAUUAGGAUGAUUUUGAAAGGUUUGAUUUGAGCGUGCGUUUAAUUAAAGAUUACAAAUAAAACAAGGUACACGUGGGUAGACAUUUAUAUCGAGGAGAAUCUCUGUCUCUCAAAAAAAAAAAGCACAAAAAAAAAAUAAAAAAGAAACGGAAAAAAAAAACACAAAAAAAAACAAAAUAUAAAAAAAAAACAGAAAUUUAGAAUUACGAUUGAGAAAUUGUUGGUGUAUUAAUUGAUUUUCUUAUAAGAUUCGCAAUGUGUCGACAAUAAUGACGAAUUCACUUGUAAUCGUUUAUACGUGUUGACGAACGGAGCAACACUUGGAGAGUAGAUUAGGAUUUGUUGUGCGAUAUUCGUUAUUUCUACUUAUGACAAUACCGGCAUCGAGAGAGUAGUAAGGGCCACAAUCGAGAGAUUAGCGCUCGUUAUGGGUCCUUUGGGCAAUUUAUUCUCUUUCUACGAGAAGAAAAAAGUGCGAAGGCGGUUAUGACUACUCGAAUCGUUAUUAUUAAAAGUCGUUCGUUUCUUGCGUCAUUAUCAAUCUAUUAUAUCGAGUCGUUAAAUCGAUUUUAAUGAAAUAUUUAUAUUCAACGUUACACGUUUAACUCGCCUAUUUCGCGCCUUUUGAUUAUUAGAACAAAUUAUUAUACAUGUGUAUAUCGUUCGCGCGUUAAGUAUAUACACCUAUACAGGUAUAUAUGCAUAUAUAUAUAUAUAUAUAUAUAUAUAUAUAUAUAUCGCUUCGAUCUAAAAACCUUUUCGACAAUAGAGACUGUGCUGAUAAUAAUUGGAGCCACGAUUACGUCGUCUUCUCUCUGACAAUAAUAUUCAAUAAUGUUCAAUAAUAUUCCACAAUAAAAUGCUGCAUUUGUAUUUUUCGAGUAAAAUUCGAGUUGAAAGAAGUCGUCUUAUAUCGAAUACUAACUAUCAAUGCGAACCAUUUUCAUACGUACCAAUUUACGAUUUUAUUCGCAAAUACUCGAUGUCAACAAGGUUAUUUUAUAAUUGUAAAUAAAUCGUAAUCGUGGCUCGUCCUAAUGUGGAAAGAAAAAAUAAAAUUAAUAUUAUUUCGUUAAGAGUGUACUAUAUGUAAUAUUCACCAUUAUACAUUGGAGUAGUGACCGGCCUAAAGAUAACACGCGGUUUCAUCGUUGAUGGAAUAUGGGAAAUUGGAAACGAAGAUAUAAUGAGAUUGUACUGUAACGUGACGUUGAUUGUAAGAAUUAUUACACGAAAUAUCUAGGAUAAGUUCUAAUGCUGUUCGAACAAUAAUACUGAUACAUUUAUAUAUAUAUAUACAUAUAUAUACAUAUAUAUACAUAUAUACACAUAUGUAUACAUAUACGUACAUACGUAAUACAAAUAUAGCUCGAAAAAUGAUAAUAAUUUAACGAGACAAUAUACAUAUGUAUGUAUAAACAAUAUAGAGUGUACCGACGCAGAUGUGCUGCGAACGAUCGCCUUGCGAAUAUAUUAUGUCGUUCGCUCGACGAAUAGAAAAGCAUUUAGAAUAUAUUAGAUAAAUGUGUAUUCGAGAGGACAAUAUUUUCAGAGACAAUACGCUACACAAUAUGUUCCAUUAUGUUUCACUAUAAAGAUAGGUAUGGAUAAUAUACGUAUACAUCGAUGUUAACUCAUUAAUCUUCAUUUUUGUGUUCUAUUUUAAUCGGUACACUCGGUAGAGAACGCUUUAUAAUAGUUAGCUUUACAUAUACCUAAGUACCUACAUAUACAUGACAUAAUACUUGUAUACACAUGUAAUGCUAUAUGUUACUUUGAAAUCAUUAGCGAAAAUGAUAAAAAAGAAAAAUGGGGAAAGGUCAUCGAUCGAAAAGAUAAAAGAUAUUGAACAGAAAAAUGGUAAAGUUUGCCAAGACACUUCUCCCCAAGAAACCAAUAAUAUUAACGAUACUAAUAAAAGUAAUAAUGAUAAUGAUAAUGAAAAUAAUAAUAAUAAUAAUAAUAGUAGUAGUAAUAAUAAUAAUAACAACAACAACAACAACAACAACAACAACAAAAUAAUAAUAAUAAUAAUAAUAAAAUUAAUAAUAAACAAAAAUUAAUAUAUAACAAUGACAUCGUAUGGCAUUGUCAGACAAGCAAUCAUAAGCGUUUAUCUAUUUAUAGUUGAAUUUUUCUUUCGUAUGUGAUAUAUACAUAUGUAAGGAUGUAGUUAGGUAUGCAUGAUCGUUCGAGAAUUCAUAAUGGAUUAAUAUUAUUUUUAUUAUUAUUACUAUUAUUAUUAUUGUUAUCGUUAUUAUUAUUAUUAUUAUUCGUUUUAUUAUUAUUAUUAUUGUUGUUGUUAUUGUUGUUAUUAUUAUCAAUAUUAUUAUUAUUGUUGUUGUUAUUGUUGUUAUCAUUAUUAUCAUAAUAGACAAUAACGGACAAAGUUAACAGAUAAAGUAAUACGUUAUAAUGACAAUAAGGUGAUAAAUAAAAAAGAAUCAAUUCUCUUUCGUCAUGCGAUCGUCUUAUCGCAAUCGGUAGAUAUUUUCUUUUUUGGUAGAUUACAUGUUUUCAAUUCAAUCGAUGGUUUUUGAAAAGCAUCGUCGAGUCUUGCUGGCCAUACACCACUCUUUUUCUCGUUCUCUUCCGAUCGUUUUGUUUGAACGAAAAGUUUUCUUAAAGUCGUUUGGCGUUAAUUGAAAUUUCACACCAAUCGACUGUAUCGACGAUUGCACUGACGAGAUAGGCGUGAUGAAAUUAUUACAAUUUUAAGCUUUCGAUGGCUCGCCGUUAGUUAUAUGUAUAUUAAAUCUCGAAAAAAGAAAUAUAUAAAUAAAUGAAAGCAUACAUACACGCACGCACACACACACGCACACGCACACGCACACGCAUACGACACGCAUAGAUAAAGAUAGACAUUCACAAUCUCUUAUUGUUAUAUCGUAUUUGUAUUUCUGUUUUUUCGUGAAAGUUUAAAAUUAUAAGCCUCCGCGUUACAAGCGACGAGCCUCGUCAGAAAAGAGAGAGAGCGUUUUGCGUCACGCGAACCGUUUUGUCAUUUCGUCUGCUUCCUGCACCGAGGAAUAGUAGCUAGACCGUUUCCUGUGCGAAUCGUUCGGUACGAACGUUCCAACCCGCUCGAUGACAAUAUAUCAGCUUGUCAGUUUGUAGCUUCUAUCAGAUGUUUGGAUAAAAUUACAACGAUGAGGCGAACUCGGUAAUAAUAACGGAAUAAGGAAUUUUCAUUUUUGAUUGAGAAUUCAUCGUCAAAUUGAUAAAAAAUUUUUAUUAAAUUUAACACGCGAAGAAAACUUCCUGAUGCGGCGUAUACUAAUUAUUUACUUAAAUUGAUAAAUUAAAUCUGAAGAGAAUAUUUGAUUGCGUAUCUAUAUGUAGAUCGAUCGUAGGAUUCAUCCUAAUAUUCCAAGGAUAUAUGCACGUCAUCCGAGAGAUGGUUUACUCUUUCGCGAACAAUAAAUAUGCAUAAAUUAUUCUCUAUUAAUACGUUUCGCGUUUAUAAAGUAGAAAGACGCGGUGUGGGUCAAAAUAAAUCUUUUGCUCUUACGUGCUGUGGCGAAAACAUCUCCGAUCUCACAUUUUACGCGUUUUUCCAUUCCUAAUGUUGAAAGAUGGUUAUUCUUGUAUGCCGUAGAAGAAAAUCCGUAGAUACAGUAGUGUUCGAUUUGCAAUUAGAUAGAAACUUGUUAUUAUUCUUCCUUCUCAAUGGAAAAAAGAUCGAUUAUAUCCCGCAAUUGAAAUUUAUUA